AUGGCUGCCAAUGAAAUAAUGGCACCGACAGUUAAUGCAAACUGUCAAUACUCCACCAGAUAUUGCUGGGAAGCUGAAAAAGUCAAAUCAUUGAUCAGAUUACGCGCCGAACUCUCGCCACUCUUCACGGGCAAAAGAAACGCCUCGAAAUAUGCCUGGGCUGUGGUGGAACGUGAGCUUAAUGUGCCGCUGCCGCUGUCGAAGAUUAUCAAAAAAUGGAACAAUCUGCUGCAGGAGUACAAGGCCAUCAAAAUGUCCGAGGAGCCCAAGCGGCGCGAGUGGCCAUUCUUCACAUUAAUGGAUGUGUACUUUAGCGAUCAGGUGAACGAUCCCUCGCUGCGCUUGUUCUCGUCCACCAAAACGCUGAAGGAGACGCUCGACGACAGCGUCUUUGAGGAUGAUCCAAUCAUCGCCUCGGCCAUUGCGGCCGCCACCAGUGGCGCCUACAUGGAAAUCGAUGAGCUGAUACGCAGACAGAAGGAGCGCGCUGCUUUGGCUGCCGAGCGUAAGUUGGCGGCUGCAGCUAGCGGCGCCAGCGGCGAUUACAAGUACGAGCUGAAGCCCAUGCUGGGCAACAACAAGUUCAACAGCAACAGCGACAUGGCCAAGCUAUCGAAGAGCGUCGAUGAUCUGUCCAUGCAGCAGUACAAGAUCAAGGCGGAGCUGAUGCGUCAGCGCGAGCAGGAGCAGCAGGAGAACAUGGUCAAGAUAAAGCAGCAUGCACGCCAGCAACAGCAGCAGGCGCAGCAACAGCAGCAGCAGCAACAACAGCAGGCGCAACAGCAACAGCAGCAACGCUUCAUGAGCCACCAGCCAUCGCUGUCGCCGCAUCCACAUCGCCUGCAAUCGUCGUCGACGCCACCUGGACUGCAGCAUGCGCUGCAGCAGCAGCAGCAACUGUUGCAGCAGCAACAGCAGCAAAUACAACAGCACUUGCAGCAGCAACAGCAGCAGCAGCAACUGCAGCAGCAACAACAGCAACAUCAUCAUCAGCUCGCUCAUCCGCAUACGCCACGCCCCAGCUCACCGCCCACAACUGCACAGCAGAUACACAUAACAGCCACACAGCAUCAGGCGGCACAGCAGCAACUGCAACAGCAGCAGCAGCAGCAGCAUCAGCAACAGCAGAAACAGCAGCGGGAGCAGCCACAGCCCUACACCGAUCCCAAUACCAUAGAUCAGUACCUGCUCUCCUGGAACAAUUUCCAUGGCAACAUGUGCCGCGGCUUUCACUCCCUGCAGAAGGACGAGAAGAUGGUGGACGUGACCAUUGCAGCUGGCGGCAAAAUCUUUAAAGCACACAAACUGGUGCUGUCCGUUUGCAGUCCAUACUUUCAGCAAAUCUUUCUGGAGAAUCCAUCCAGUCAUCCCAUACUGCUGAUGGCCGACGUGGAGGCCAGCCACAUGGCUGGUUUGCUGGACUUUAUGUACAGCGGCCAGGUGAAUGUCAAAUAUGAGGAUCUGCCCGUGUUUCUCAAGGUCGCCGAGGCCAUGAAGAUCAAGGGCCUGCAUACAGAGAAAAAUCUGGACAGCGAUGCGAGCGACAUCAGCUCGCCGCUGGAAAGCGAUGGCACCGAGUGCCGUUAUGAACGUGGCACACAUAGCGUUAAUAUAACCAGUGGCCAUGCGGGCUAUGCCGGCUCUGCGCUAGAUCAGGCGGCGGCACUCAAUGGACCCAAUCGCUGUGCCACGCCCUUGUCGCUGCCAAGUCCAGGCGGUCAAACUGGCGGCUUUGGUGGCUUCCGUGAUCACAUCAAGUCGAAGGCCACACUGGCCGAAAACUUCAUGAAGAAUCUCAAUCGCAAUAACAACAACAGCAACAACUACAACAAUGGCGGCAACCAUCAGCUGCCCGAGCCGGAGAGCAACUCCUUUGCUAUAUUGCAGGCCAACAGCAAGAAAAUGUUGGACUCGGCACGCAAGCAGCACAAAUAUCUGGCCAAGCGCAAGAUACUGAUGCACUACAACACUGAGCUGGGCGGCGAGAAGCGCUUGAAGGAGAUGGAGCGGGAACGCGAUCGCUAUCCCACGGACAACGACGAUGCGCUGAACAACAAUCACAACCAAGGCUAUGGACAUGACAUCUUGGAGCCGAUUACGACCAUUGUACCUAGAACACCGGAGCCACAGCCACCGCCAGCCACGCAUAACAACAGCUUUAAGAUACGCCUCGUCGAGAAUCAUCAUUUGACCAACAGCAACAAUGGCAGCCACAACAGCAACAACAACAACAAUCAUGAUGAUGAGGAAGCUUUGAAUCUGGUACAAACGCCCAGUGUGAACGGCAGUCGAGCACGCCAGCAAACGCCUACGCCUACACCUGAUAUACAAUUAAUCAAGCGUGAAGUGGAGCCAGAGCCAGCAGCAGCAACACCAGAGACAGCUCACAACAGCAACAGCAGCAAUAAGACGAACAACAACAAUGGGCAUGAUGAGGAUAUGGCUACAAACUAUGAGCGUAAAUACGAUGACAACAACAACAAUGGCAUGGACUUGGAAACUGACUCAAACAACAACAACAGCAGCAGCAAGCAGAACAACGACAGCAACAGCAAUAGCAGCAACAGCAACAAUGGACUGGAGUUAGGCCUAGCGCUGGGCAAGCACAAGCUGCUAAGCGCUAUAAAUCGCAAUCUCGAACUGGAGCAACAAUUGGAGCGUGAGCGCGAGAGAGAACGCGAACGGGAACGGGAGCGAGAUGCAGCUGAACAUGGCAACAGCAGCAGCAGCAGCCACAACAACAGCAGCAAUGGCGAUCAUGACAACGAUGACAACAACAACAAUCACAGCGAGCAUCUGGAUCUGAGCACUAUUAAGAAUAUAGCUACUGCCGAGAUUUUAUGUGGCCUCAAGAGCAAGGUGCUCAAGCUGGAGGAGGAGCAGCGUGAGCGGGAGCGCGAGAGAGAACGCGAAAGAGAUGCCUGUCGCAGUUUAAGCGAGAUUAAGAAUGCCGACUGA